AUGAACCCUCCCCGCCCGCAGUCGCCCACAUUCUUUCGUCCCCUUAAAUCAGCCUCUUGUCCCGUUGCUCUUUGCAGGGAUAGAAGAAGGAAGUGUAGCGGGCCCUCAGAUUCAUCGCUUUCCCGAGGCGAAGCGCCAUGCCUCAUAUCGACAACGAUGUGAAACUGGACUUCAAGGAUGUCCUUUUGAGGCCCAAACGCAGUACCCUUAAGUCUCGAAGUGAGGUGGAUCUCACAAGAUCCUUUUCAUUUCGGAACUCAAAGCAGACGUACAUUGGGGUUCCCAUCAUUGCUGCCAAUAUGGAUACUGUGGGCACCUUUGAGAUGGCCAAGGUUCUCUGUAAGUCCUAGGUUCCUGGGAAUUUCUGGGAUGUGCCCCCAAUGGGAUGUGUUUUUCUUAUAUACAAGUUGUUCACUUUGAAAUGGAAGAUGCUGCUCCUGUCAGUACUAAUACCUGCCUCUAUACUUGUUGCUGAGAAGUUCUCUCUCUUCACUGCUGUCCAUAAGCACUACAGCCUCGAUCAGUGGCAAGAGUUUGCUAGCCAGAAUCCUGACUGUCUUGAGCAUCUGGCUGCCAGCUCAGGCACAGGCUCUUCUGACUUUGAGCAGUUGGAACAGAUCCUGGAAGCUAUUCCCCAGGUGAACUAUAUAUGCCUGGAUGUGGCAAAUGGCUACUCUGAGCACUUCGUUGAAUUUGUAAAAGAUGUACGGAAGCGCUUCCCCCAGCACACCAUCAUGGCAGGGAAUGUGGUAACAGGAGAGAUGGUAGAAGAGCUAAUCCUCUCUGGGGCUGACAUCAUCAAAGUGGGAAUUGGGCCAGGCUCUGUAUGUACUACUCGGAAGAAAACUGGAGUGGGGUAUCCACAGCUCAGUGCAGUGAUGGAGUGUGCAGAUGCUGCUCAUGGCCUCAAAGGCCACAUCAUUUCAGAUGGAGGUUGCAGCUGCCCUGGGGAUGUGGCCAAGGCUUUUGGUGCAGGAGCUGACUUCGUGAUGCUGGGUGGCAUGCUGGCUGGGCAUAGUGAGUCAGGGGGUGAGCUUAUCGAGAGGGACGGCAAGAAGUACAAGCUCUUCUAUGGAAUGAGUUCUGAAAUGGCCAUGAAGAAGUAUGCUGGGGGUGUGGCUGAGUACAGAGCCUCAGAGGGAAAGACAGUGGAAGUUCCUUUUAAAGGAGAUGUGGAACAUACCAUCCGAGACAUCCUAGGAGGGAUCCGCUCUACGUGUACCUAUGUGGGAGCAGCUAAGCUCAAAGAGUUGAGCAGGAGAACUACCUUCAUCCGAGUCACCCAGCAGGUGAAUCCAAUCUUCAGUGAUGCGCGCUAGACCUGAGCAGUUCUGCCCUCCCAAGACACCAGUAUUCUACCACGGGGCAUGCCAAGUGGGCACCUCACCUAUCCCAGCUACUGCAGCUCUGUAUUACUUUGUCAUUUCCUGUUGGCUCACUCUUGAGGGCUCCUGCAGUAACUCUGUACUUCGCUAUCUGCACAUGCGAAAUGCCCAGGGCACUCACUGGGGAGGAAGCAAGGAAGAAAAGUCUGAGAAAAUGAUGCAAGAUAAUCAAAUGGGAAUGUGGGGACCUGACACCUGAAGAUUAUUAAAAGGAAAAGAUGCUGAUUGAUACGUGAAUUUUUUACAUGGCUUUGGUUUAGAGGAGGCAGGCUUUUAGAAUCAUGUUUUGUUAAUCAGCUUCACUAAAUGGGACCUUCAGAUAUCUAAAAAGCUCAGAAGUGUUUGUAUAUUUGAAAUACCUCAAUAAAGAAAGAGCUCAUUGAUUGUAAA